AUGCUCUCUGGCUUCGAGGCCGACCGUUUCGGCAGUCGGAUUCGGAGUUGGAUACCCACACUCCUCCUCUUAUACAUUCAUAAUAAACUGUUACAUUCUAUUCGCGUUUCUCAUUUCGCAUAUUCCCGCUAUACAUCGGGCAAGACACUGAACUAUGAAGAAAACUCAAAUGCGUUUGCCGCGAACGCCGAAGAAGAUGCAUCGUCUUCUGCUCGUAAUGUGAAUUAUGAAAAGGAAGCAAUGACGAUCUAUCGUUCGAACGUUUUUGAAAACAAUGUGCAUGUUUGGAUUCUGCCGUUGCACUUGUCUCAAUCGAAAUACGGCGGUCGAACGAAACCAUCUUCUGCUUGCACUUUGAUCACUGUACAAAUCGCUUAUGACUUUUUGAGAUAUGAGCUUCCGAUGCCCGUAACUGAUGCCAAUUUAUCUCAUGAUCUUCCUGCAUACAUUCUCGAUACACUCAUUAACGCUGUAAUCGACGGAAAUGCAACUCAUGGACACGCCAUGGCACUUCGAAGAAACGGACACGGUGGUCCAAUCGACAAGCACGAUCUGGUGAAUGCUAAAACGAUUCGCGAGAACGCGGAGAGCAUGUUUUGGUUUCUCCUCGUUUCUAUUUAUCUAACAAUUGUUGUCAGUUUUAGCUCAAUUAUGAAAAAACCAAUUCGCGAUACGUUCACAGUUCCAGAGGCUAUUCGUGUACACCGACCAGAAAUGCAUGAAAUCGAUUACAGGUGCUAUUCGGGAAGAUUCAUGAACAAUUUGAUAAGUGCAUUCGGCAUGGUUGUGAACAGCCCGUAUUUGGAGAAUUUACAAAGAAUUCCGAUCGGAGUGCUAGCAUAUGAAAGAGCAAUGUGCUUCCUUUAUGAUCGCCAAUUGAACACGAUCUGCGUAUUGGACACUCACAUGCAUUUUCGAGGAAAAUCGGGUUCGAUUAUUGCGAUCGCUCCAUUCGAAAGCAUCGAAGAUUUUGUGUUCACUGUCACCAAAUGCGUGUUUCCUGAAGUUUUUCGACAUUCUCAUCUCCACGGACAAUUUGAGAUUAGUUGUCUAAUGUUGACGAGUAUUAUGAACAAAAUCUAUAAAGGAAAGAUAUUUUUGACGAUUCAUGGAGGCAAUGAGAAGCCGUAUUUCUCGAGACACGACCGACUGAAAAUUCGGCAACGAAAAGCGGUUGUGGAAAUGAGAAGGAACGAAAAUGAAAAUGACAGCGGAUAUGAGUCGGAUGCUAGUGAACAGUAA